CCGAUGAAUAUGUCACAAAAGGCUAAUUUUGACUGACGGUGUGCUCAUCAUUACGUAAUAAGUUCAACUGCAGCAGACGAUAUCCUUGUGAAUUUUUCAUAAAGGAAGGUUUUCGGACGAUUUUCACACUUAUCGUCUUAGUUCGGAUUUGUCAAGAAGUUCGGUUCUUUGACUUUAAUUUAUAAAUCAUUUUACCAAAAUGAGAUUCCGUAUAAUAGUAUUGUUUUGGAUGGUUUCCGUCAUCAUGGAUGUGGAGGCUUUUUAUCCAAAUUCCCUCGUGUCAUUUUUGUCAAAUGGAGAUUAUACACAGGAAAGGAUAACAGAACGCGGGCUUUCACGGGUUUUUCAAGAGUUAUGGAACCAGUCCUCAAACAGUUUUUCUAAGCAAAACAUUCGAGAAUCGAUGGCAAAAGAUACGCUUUAUGAAAUUAUGAAGCACAUGAAUGAACUUCAAAAGAGCCAGUAUAAUAACCCAGAAUGGCAUUUCAGCAACGAAAAAAUAUUGCAAGCAAACGAAAAACUGAAACACUAUCGUCAGUUCGUCUUGGAUUUACUGAGAUUACCUAACCCGGACUACACGUCGGCGAGGAAAUAUGUCAGCUUCUGUCUACACCUUGUACAGGCCUUCUACAGCAACACGAAUUGGAUAGAACUCAAUGGCGAGACUAUUUACACAGAUUUAGGGUUACCUGGAAAACAACUACUCCCUGUUGCCACGGCAGACAUGGAGACGUGUAGAGACUGUAGCACCGAGGAAGACGUUGAUGGUUGUGCUGACAAUUUGAUAGAUAACGGGAUGAUCCUCACUAGUGGCUAUCGCUCGGGACGAGACAGGUUUGACGAAACAGCUGUGUCCGUGGAACCAGAGUAUGGAAAAUGUGAACAUGGAGGUCCUUAUGGUACUUCCGCGGACCGAAUCACAGUGCGCGGAGGGAUAAACAAGGAGUGCAGUAACCCGCGAUAUUCACCACACUUUCGCCUGCACGAGAACGCUGCUCUAGCAGCUAUGGAACACUCCAGAUACUUCUUCUGCAAUCAAGAAAGUGGUUUAUUGAAAGAAAUUGGAUUACGGAAACUGGAAAUUCUUCUUGGAGCAGUAAAAGAAGAGACAUUGAUCUUUAUCAUAGACACAUCUUCUCAAAUGAAACCAGAUAUCGAAUCCUUAAAGAGUAUCAUCCAAACUACAGCAAAGGACCAAUCGUCAUCCCACACCAUAUACAAGUUCAUGGUGGUUACUGUUGGCAACGAAGUUGAAAGUAUCAAAAUACGACAUUAUCCAACAGCCUUCAGUGUGUUGAAAGCAGUAGAUGCCAUUGCUUUCGAAUCUGAGCAGAACUGCCAGAAGCCCAUUCUACAAGCGAUAGAGAAAGCUGCAGAAGUUGCUCCACAGUCGUCUCUGGUGUGGGUUUUCACCGAUUCCUCGCCAAUGGAGAAGACAAUCAACAACAAAGAAAUUGAAGUGAAGAAGCUUGUCAUUAACUUUUAUCUUAGGGGAUCAUGCGAACGGCCUGUGUUAUCAUUUAGGCAAAAGAUAUCCCAUCUUUACCAUAAAGAAACUCGACAAAGACGUAGUGCCUUCACAGUUCCUAUCAGCUUCACACAGAUUGCCGGAACUUCUGGAGGCCAAAUCUAUACCGGAGCAGGCUCACUAAACUUGCUUAACAUUGGCUCCUCCCUCGAUCCUGAGGUUACUAUUGUGAAACUGGAUUUUCCUGGAGGUUUCGGGGGUUUUAGUACCUUGUCCAUCCCCGCUGAUGCAACAGUUACGAAACUGAUAAUCAGCGUGGACGGAAUCACAGCUCUACCGACAAGUCGAGUCAAAGAUCAAAGUGGCAAUAUUUUGUAUGCUGGAGCUAAUGGGCAAGCGAACAUCACUGAAUCGGAUCAUGGCUUCAUCAGUGUUAUGGAAAUUAUUAAUCCCACUCCAGGACUAUAUUUUUUGGAGAAGAACGUUAAUGCCUACUGGAAAGUUGACGUUAAAGCCGUUAGCAAACUUGAUUUCUCGACACAACUUCUGAAAGCUGAUGCAAACAGCUAUGCCCUUACAGAAAUAGAGGGGCGGCCACUCGUGGGAGACAAUAUAACAGUAAUGGUUACGGUGAGUCAGCCAGACAACGUCACAAGUGUAUCGGAUUUAGUCCUUUUAGACGAGAAAGGUGUAACUUUGGCUAACAGUAAAUUACAAACUUACUCUGGACAUAAGAAAGGGGUGUACUUCUGCAACGUAAUAGUUCCGUCGGAAAAUUUUCAAAUAGCAAUUGAUGGAUAUGAUGGGCUUGCGACGCAGUUUAGACGGCUCCAAAGCAAGAUGUUAUCUCCGGUGUUGAUAAAACUGGACAUUAUUCCCUCUCCCUAUCCCCUAUAUACAGGACGAAACUUUAUUAUCCAAUACACAGUGACGAAUCUGGGGGCAGGAUUAGUAGAAGUAUUGACAACUAUAAAAGAUAGUCAACAAUUCGGAGUUAGUCCAUUCAACAGGACUCACCAAUUAGCAGCAGGGGCAAAUGCAACAGACAUGUUCGUCUUGCAUGGGGGACCAACUGCCGGAAUCACAACGUCAGUUACUGUUACUGCAGAGCCUUUAACUUCAGGGAAUUCGAAUUUUCAGUAUUCCAUAUUCUCUCUAACAACAGAAGAUCCCAGCAAUAAGACUCCAGAUACUACACCCCCGGAAUGUAACAUUACAAAAGUCACCGGCAACUGCAAUGCUGUUUCUCAAUGUGAUUGCAACAUGACGGCAGUGACGACUGAGUUUGAAAUCUACGAUAUCGGGGAGGGCUUAAGAACGAUUUCCUACGGAGGAACGGCGGGAACUGCAGUUAACUUCACACACGAUUCAUUCAUUGCCGGACUUGUUCUGAGUCAAGGAACUGUCAAAGCAAAAUUAGUGGCAGACUGUUGUCGAGUUUCAGAAGACAUUACCCUGACAGACUGGAAAUCAACAAGUCAUUGCACCGUGCCUGUUAACCCUUCAUGGACCUCUGGGCCAUGUACAACCACCCCACCUCCAACAACGACAAGUAAUCCAACAACAGUGAAUUCCGUAACAACGGACUCGUCCACAACAGCGUCAUCCACAACAAGCACAGUAAUUAGAAACAGCCAAUCAACAACUGGAAAGGCAAGUGGCAUCGCAUCUUCAGGAAUAUCUGCUGCAACCACUUCUCAGCAAGGAACAGCUACGGCUGGACAACAGCUUGGGAGUACCACGAAAUCAACAGUUGUUGCAGGACUUUCAUCAUCAACGUCUUCAACAACAACAUUGGGAUCUUCCAAUUCUUCCGAUGAAAGCGAAUCCGGUUUAAGCACAACAUGGAAAAUUGUCAUAGCAACGUUAGCUACAGGGAUAUCGGUGGCAGCUCUUUUCACCGGUGCUAUUCUUUUGAGAAAAAAAUUCACCACUGUGUCACCAGACUGAAUUGAAAUUGGCCAAAGAAAGUUGACGAGUCGGCAGUUCAGUUGUUAAUUUAUAUACGUUGUUGCACGUGCUUAUUUGCCAAAUUUUAUAUUUUCGUUUUCCGUGUUUGUAUUUAUCUCUUAAUUUAUGUUUUCACCUUUUUCCGUGUAAAGUUUGUUACUUUUUAGUAUUUAUGUUUUACAGUAAAUUCAUGUUUUCUUAUUGUUUAUAUAUACUGUGUGUAUGAUUAACUACAACAUUUUUAAAACUUUUAAAUCCAUUUAAGAAUCGUUGACAAUUCAACACAAGGCGUUCAGAAGCUGAAUUUUACAGACAUCUAUCCAGCAGAAGACAAUCGCCGUUUUCAAUAUGUUCGUUCUUGUCAGUUGUUAUCAGUUUUCGAAAUAUAUAUAAUUCUUCCAUUUCCAAUGUCUCCUUAUAUAACAUCCCGAACAAUUAUUACAUGUAUUUAUAAAAGUUAAUAAGAACACAUUUCUAUUUUUAAAAUGUUUCCAAAUUUCAUGUGUGUAUAUGUAUAUUUAUUACAAUGAAUUUUGUUAUGUAUGAAAUAGAUAAAGGGCGGUUGUUUUGGAAGAAAAAAUAU